CUUUGCUGGAGAAGCAGGAGGCGAUGUUGUAGAAGUGCUCAGAGGAGCAAGGGAAGCUGGAGGCUGAGUGGGCAGAAUUCCACACACAAGAGAAGCUGAGGGAGGAGUGGCUGGAGCAGAAGAGGGAGCAAUCCCGGCAGAUAGACCUCAUCAGGAUGAGAUUGGCCAAGGAGCAAGCAGAGCUGAGUUUCCAGGGCCAUAGGCUGAGAGCCAAGGAGGAGCAGCUGGAGAGGGACAGGGAGCAGUUAGAUGAAUCCUGGCAUGAGCUGCAGCUAGAGAAGGAGAAGGUGAACAGUGCUACAGAGACCAUCCAGAAGCAGAAGAAGGAAAUUAAAAGCAUGAUUGAACGCUCAUCCCAGAAGUAUAGAGUAGGGAAGCGAGCCCUGCGGGAGGCACACCGAAUAGAGUCCGUACACCAGGACAGGCUCCAUGCCAUGCAGAGUCAGUUGGAGGAGUUGAGGCAGCAUCAAGAGCUUCUACACCAGGAUUGGCUGAGCGCAAUUCAGCAGAGGAGACAACUCGAACAGCUGUGCAACUCAGCCCAGAACCUCUGUGCCCCUAUGGAAAGCGUCUCCAGCACACCGUGCAGAAUCCACACUCAGCAUGGCCUGUGGUGUUGCAGGGACAGCACAGACAGCUCCACUGCACUCUAUGCCACACUGCAGAUGCUGAGACACAGGGCCCAGAUGGAGCUUGAUUUCUUGGAAGGUGAGCGCAUCUUCCUGGAGUCCCUGAAGAAAGCACCCAACUCUGCAUGAUGCCUGUCUGCUGGAGGAGGUGACAUCCCCCCACAUGCUACCAAGGGAUACUGUGCCCUCUGACCUGGGGAGGAAAGUAAACAAUAAAUACUCCAAGUUGUCA